AUGUGUCCUGGAGGACAGGUUGUUCUAACUAGCACAAACCCAUCGGAAUUGUGUGUCAAUGGCAUGUCAUUCUCACGGCGAGCGUCUAAGUGGGCAAACUCGGCUCUUGUGGUCACUGUAUCAUCUCAUGAUUUUGAACCAUUUCAAUCCCAUGGUUCUCUUGCGGGCGUAGAGUUCCAGAGAGAGUAUGAAAGAAGAGCAGCUAUGAUGGGGGGAGGGAAUUUUGUUGUCCCUGCACAGUGUGUCACAGAUUUUAUCAGUAACAAAUUGUCAGGUUGGGAGUUCGUCCAUCCAAACUCCAUGAGUUAUUCCCUCCUUACAUAA